AUGAUCAUGAGGACGGUGAUGAUGGUGAUGAAGAUGCUGAAGCCCUUAGUGGAGAAACGCCGCCGAGACCGUAUCAAUAAGAAUUUGGAAGAAUUGCGCCUGCUUCUCCUGCAAAAAACCCACUGCCAGACCCUCAAGAACCCCAAAGUGGAGAAGGCGGAGAUCCUGGAGAUCGCCGUGGGAUACCUGCAGGAGAGGAAUCAGGCAGCAGUCCCCCAGGGUGCGAAUCCUUCCGAAGACGACGGCAACCUGCGGACAUGCUACGCCAUGGGUUUCCGGGCGUGUUUCGGACACCUGGAGUCCUUCGUCCGGCGAAGCCCUCCGUCCGUCCAAAGACACUUGUGGGAGACGCUGCACGUCUAUCUCGCCGCGACGUUGGAACCGUCCCCUCCGGAUUGGACCCCUUCCACGUUCUCUCCCAGUUCAACGUCCGAGGAAUCUACAUCGGGGAGUCCCAAGGCUCCCUGCUCCCCGUUGCAGCCAAACAGAACUUUUGCAAGCUCGGAUGUGGCUUCCUGCAGCACGGGACACCUGGGGGGCCAGAUGAGAGACCCCCGAGCCGCCCCAUCAGUCAAAAACAUCUCUCUGCACCCCCCUUUCUGGCGCCCUUGGCCCUAG